UUCCGUCCCACUUCGGUUCAUCGAGGAAAUAUAAAUAAUAGAAAAAUCCGGGGACUGUGAGAACUCGGUAAACAGAGGAUUGUUCAUUUAUUGUUGCUAAAACCCGGAGAUACAGUACAAUACAAUGGUAUUAUUUACGAAUAAUUGCUGGAGGAUGACAUUUACAAGCAGAAAUUUUCUUCGAUCAUCAGCAGUUUCUUACCAGCUGAUUCCUCAUCAGAAAGCAUCCAAGAAAUACGAAUCCAAGAAGUGGCCGGGUUAUCACGUUAUUUACAAUUUGGAAAAUGUCAAAACGAUUAGUAUAUUGAACAGACUCAAGUUACAUACGACAAUUGUUUCUGGAGUUACAAUUCCUAUGAUUAUCACUUCCGAGGUUACCUUGGGAUUAACAUCAGCAUUUGUUCAUAAUGCAACAUUUUUAUUUGGAGCGGUAGCUCUAUUUCUCCACGGGGUUGGGUACUUCGCCAAUAAUGUAGUGGGAAUAAUAUAUGCGAAAAAAGACUCUGACGACUUAAAAAUUGCCUACGUGAGUUACUUUGGCAAACGAAUGGAUAUUGACACCAACUUCAACGAUAUAUCUUCUCCAGAGCCCAAGACACGAUUUCGAAGUCCAAUCUUCACUCCAUUAUUCAUUGCAUCGAAGAAAAAGAAUCUGAGACUAUUUAUCAAGGGUAAAAUCAUCGACGAGCAAAAAUUCGACAAACUCUUGGGUGUCUCAUUCUGAUUGAAUAGAUUGUAUUAACCAGACCAUCUGAAAUGGGCAUAAGCACGAUUUGCCUCGCAUUGUUUAUGAAGAUCUUGUUUUUUCUUCACCACACGUCC